AUGGGAACUCCCAAUGAGACAACGGUGACUGAAUUCAUCUUGAUCGGGUUAUCCGGCCACCCGCAAGCACAGGCUGUGUUCUUUACAUUCUUCUUGAUGGCGUACCUCAUAAGCACUCUUGGGAAUGGCCUCAUGAUUGUAUUGAUCAUUGGUGACUCCUGCCUUCAUUCUCCCAUGUAUUUCUUUCUCUGCACCCUCUCAUCAGUAGAUCUCGUCAUCACCAACAAUGCAGUUCCUGGGUCCCUGGUCAACUGCUUCUUUUACAUGCCCACCAUCUCCUUCUAUGGAUGCUUGGUUCAGAUGUAUGUUGGUCUAUUACUUGUUGUAAUAGAAUGUGUCCUUCUGGCUGUUAUGGCAUACGACCGCUUCGCAGCGAUAUGCCAGCCACUCCACUACGUGCAGAUCAUGAGCUGGAGGUUUUGUACUACUUUAGUGUCUUUAUGUGUGGUCCUUGCCUUACUGAAUACCUUGAUCAACAUAUUGUUGCAGCCAACAGACUUCUGUGGACAAAACAUCAUUAACCAUUUUGUAUGUGAGCUACAAUCGUUCCUCAAACUGGCCUGCUCCGACACACACAUUAGCAAUCUCUAUGUGCAGCUUUCCACCUUUGUUCUCGUGGUAUCACCCUUUGGUUUCAUUGUUGUAACAUACGGGCGCAUAGGAUUAGCUGUCCUGCGCAUUCGCUCCACACAGGGUCGCAAAAAAGCCUUCUCCACCUGUAGUUCUCACCUCACUGUGGUCAGUGUCUUUUAUGGUACAAUCAUGAUCAUGUAUUUGAAGCACGAACAAAAAUCUUCCUCAGAUAAAGACAAUGUAAUCGCUGCACUGUAUGCUGUCUUAACUCCCUUGCUCAACCCGCUGAUCUACAGCUUGAGAAACAGGGAUGUGAAGGGGGCUUUCUGGAGACUGUUUGGUAGGAAAAUGUCAGAAUAA